AUGUUCUUGACCGGAAUACUUGCCCUACAGCCCCAGAUCACGCUCGUACAGAAGUCCAUAACUAUCUUGCCUCAAAGAACGGAUAUCAAGCCCUCCUACUCCCACCUAUUCCAAACGCAGAAUUCUGUUUCAUCCCCGUCAACGUCAGGAGGCACAGCUCAAGCCCCACAGAAACGGAAGAACCUCUUUGGGUUUGUGGAUCUUCCAGUCACUCCAGAGCAAGUAACACGUGCCAAUUUCAAAUUGUUUCGAUUCAUUGUUCAUGCCAAUAUACCAUUCUUAGUUGCAGAGAACUGGUUUUUUCCGUAA